AUGGACGAUAGAAGAAAAAGCGAAGUUUCGGGGUAUAGAUCACGUAAAUACUGCUGCAUAUGCAGUAACUAUAGGGGCAAAUCUGUAGGAGGCAAGGUCAUCAGCCUCCACCGAUUUCCCAGCGAUACAAACAAAAAGAAAAUAUGGCUGCAACGGGCCAGAUUGAUUAGAAAAGACUUUAACUAUUCAAAGAAUUCUUACAUCUGUUCAGUACAUUUUGUCAAUAAUCAAGGCCCGUCUGCAGACCAUCCACUACCAUCUAUUUUCCCCAACAAGACGUUCAAAACAUCGGCACCCACAACAUGCACAAGUACGUCAAGUUUUCCUAUCACUCAGCCAGAGGAUGUAAACCCCGAGAUAGAGAGUAUGGAUUACCAGGAUAGCCUUGAACAAUCAGAUGACCCAUUAAGGGACUCUCUAAAUAUGCAUGACUACCACAAGGACUGGACAUGUACAGGUGAAGUUCCAAAUAAUAAGGAAACCCAAACUACAAUUUUUUCUAAAGAUGCAUCAACACAGACUGAUGGAUCGCAUUUGAACAUUGCAGCCAUGACUAACUCUACCUCAGCAGAAACACAGACUGAUGAAAAAAGGGGCAUUGACAAAGGAACACAAGUUUGUAGACCUGUGUUCACAUUCGAGGACAUAGAACAUGAUAAUUCUAAAAUUUUAUUCUACACGGGCAUUCCUAAUAAGGAGACAUUUAAUGCCGUAUUCGAUGAGAUAAAGGACGAUGCAUAUAAAAAUACAAGACGUGCAAGUUCUUCAUCAUCAAACAAGGGAAGACCAAGGAGACUCAGGAUCAUCGAUGAAUUUUUUCUUGUGCUUUUGAGACUAAGACUUGGUUUACUUCUUGAGGAUUUGGCAAACAGAUUUAAUGUUAGUGUUUCAACAUGCAGCAAGAUUUUCAAUUUAUGGAUAGAUUUUUUAUUUGUUCAAUUACAGCCGUUGAUAAUGUGGCCUUCUAGAGAUACAAUAAAUGCUACAAUGCCAAUUUCAUUCAAAAGAAAAUUUAGUAACUGUAGGGUUAUUGUAGACUGUACUGAAGUUUUUGUACAAACCCCGAGUUCUCUUGCUAACAAGUCACUAAUGUACAGUGACUAUAAAUCCCACAUGACUUUUAAAGGACUCAUUGGCAUUAGUCCUGCAGGUGUGACUACAUUUGUUUCUGACUUAUGGGGAGGAAGUAUUAGUGAUAAACAAUUGACCAAAAAAUGUGGAAUAUUACAUUUAUGUGAAGUAGGUGAUGCCAUUAUGGCCGAUAAAGGUUUUGUUAUUUCAGACUUGACUACCCCGAAAGGAAUUCAUCUAAUUAUUCCCCCUUUCAAGAAAAAAAAUCAUCAAAUGUCUCGAAAUGAUGUUUUGUUGACUCGUGACAUAGCACGUCUUAGAAUUCACGUAGAAAGACAAAUGGAAAGAAUAAAGAACUUUCAUAUUUUUGAAGGUGUGAUGCAUAUAAGUAUGGCUUCCCAAUGUUCUAAAAUUUGGAAAAUUUGUGUGGCUUUAACAAAUCUCCUUCCGCCCCUGUGUAAUGUUCCAGAUUAUGAUAUUGUGUCAUAGCUGUUGUGAAGGAAUAUGGCAUUCACUUUGUUGAUCACCAACCGAACUUUCAUAAUAUGAUAUAUUGGGUAAAAACUGAACAAGUUGUUUGUUGAAUAUUUUAUUGUUUUA